UAUGCACGCAUGUGUCAUCACUGAAUCACUCAGUAUGCACGCAUGUGUCAUCACUGAAUCACUCAGUAUGCUUGCAUGUGUCAUCACUGAAUCACUCAGUAUGCACGCAUGUGUCAUCACUGAAUCACUCAGUAUGCACGCAUGUGUCAUCACUGAAUCACUCAGUAUGCACGCAUGUGUCAUCACUGAAUCACUCAGUAUGCUUGCAUGUGUCAUCACUGAAUCACUCAGUAUGCAUGCAUGUGUCAUCACUGAAUCACUCAGUAUGCAUGCAUGUGUCAUCACUGAAUCACUCAGUAUGCUUGCAUGUGUCAUCACUGAAUCACUCAGUAUGCACGCAUGUGUCAUCACUGAAUCACUCAGUAUGCUUGCAUGUGUCAUCACUGAAUCACUCAGUAUGCUUGCAUGUGUCAUCACUGAAUCACUCAGUAUGCACGCAUGUGUCAUCACUGAAUCACUCAGUAUGCACGCAUGUGUCAUCACUGAAUCACUCAGUAUGCACGCAUGUGUCAUCACCGAAUCACUCAGUAUGCACGCAUGUGUCAUCACUGAAUCAGUAUGCACGCAUGUGUCAUCACUGA